AUGGUCGGCGGUCCCCCGACAGCUCGGAUUCCUCCGCUGACAUCUGCGAUAAUGAGAGCCCUGACGGGAAUAGAUUUGCAAAAUGAUGGGCCCACAAUAGGACGGCGCUGUCCCCCAAACUUCGCCGGAGAUAAGCAGAUGGGGUCUGAAAACAGAGCGUUUGAACCGAUUAGGUCGAGAACUAUCCCCUACAUGGAAAAGCAGCCCAUUCAGAUUCCCGCCGCCUCCGCGAGUGGAGGCGGCUCGGGUGCCUUUGCAAAGCCCGAGGGGCAGCGGCGAGGGCCCGCGCCCGCCACGGUGAUCGCCGGCCCCCUCCGCCCGGCGGACCUGUUUCAGGGCUGCGGGCAGCGGAGGAGCGCCCAGCUCUCGCCCCCGCCGCAGCCGCCGCCUCGGCAGGGACGAGAAGCACACGCUCCUUAA